AUGUUCGUACAUCUCCUGCUAUUGGUGAGCUUCGGUUUGCUGUGGGUUUAUCUGCACUUUAAGCAACGUUACCGAUUCUGGGCAGAACACAAUGUGCCUUAUAUGGAGCCUGCUUUCCCGGUUGGAAACGUUGCAGAUACGUUGAAGCCAACUAUACACUUUGCGCAUAUCAUGGAGAAGCUGUACAAGAAGUUGAAAUCACGUGGUGAUUAUGUCGGUAUCUACUUCUUUCGGGAUCCUGUGCUGUUGGUCCUUUCGCCCGAGUUUGCCCGCACGAUUCUUGUGAAGGAUUUCAACUACUUCGUCGAUCGUGGAGUGUAUAGCAAUGAAGAGGUUGACCCUCUCUCGGCCAAUCUCUUCUUCAUGGAGGGUAACCGGUGGCGAAAACUGCGCUCAAAACUAGCACCAACCUUUACGUCCGGGAAGUUGAAGGCUAUGUUCCACACGAUAGUGGAUGUGGGCAACCGUUUGGAUCAAUAUCUCGCCGAAAGAUGCAACCAGAAGCAGCGGAUCGAUGUCAAGGAACUGCUUGCACGGUUCCUUACCGAUGUGAUUGGAUCGUGUGCUUUCGGGAUUGAGUGUAACAGUUUGGAAAAUCCCAACUCCCAGUUCCGUCUCAUGGGCAAACGUAUGAUCAAUCUACCGAAACUAAAAGCCCUCAAAGUGUUCUUUGCCAUGAUGUUCCGGAAGCAAGCGCGCGCACUUGGCAUACGCUUCAACGAUAAAGAUGUGUCAGAUUUUUUCCUCAACGUUGUCCGCGAUACUAUUCGGUAUCGAGAGGAGAACAAUGUCCGUAGAGACGACUUUAUGCAGCUCCUAAUCGACAUGAUGAAGCAAGAUGGUGCCGGUGCUGGGGAAUGUUUAACGUUUGAAGAAAUCGCAGCCCAAGCGUUUGUGUUUUUCUUUGCCGGGUUUGAAACCUCCACGACCACGAUCACUUGCGCGCUACAUUUGCUGGCCAAACACCCGGAAGUACAAAACGAAGCACGGAAAUGUAUACACGAAGUGCUGAUGAAACACGACAACAAACUAUCGUACGAUGCGAUCAUGGAGAUGGAAUACAUUGGGUGUAUUAUCAACGAAACACUUCGUAUGUAUCCACCGGUGGCAACGCUACACAGAAUCACCACGCAACCGUACCAGCUACCAAAUGGGGCGGUUUUGCCGGAAGGAGUCGGUGUGAUUUUACCGAACCUCGCGUAUCAAAACGAUCCGGAUUACUUCCCAAACCCGCACGACUUUAAACCGGAACGGUUUGCGGUAAAGAAUGAUUUUAAGAACAAUUGUAGCUACCUUCCGUUCGGGGAAGGUCCUCGGAUAUGCAUUGGAAUGCGUUUCGGAUUGCUCCAAACGCGUCUCGGGUUAGCCAUGCUCGUGAAGAAUUAUAAGUUCAAUAUCGACCCGUCCGAAGCAGACCGUCCGCUCCGUAUCGAUCCGAUCAAUCUUUUGCAUGGUCCUGCCGGGGAAGUGUGGUUGAACGUACAACGUAUUGUUGACAUGUGA